AUGCGUGGCCCAGCGUGCACAGUGCUCUGGCUUCUCGCAUCUUCCGUGCUCGGAACCAAUGGGGCUCGCCUCUCAGCGCAGCCCAGCAAGGCAUUGAAUAACCUGAACGCGGUGGAGGAGCUCCACAGGUAUCGUGCGUUCAACGAGAGUGGCAUACGCCUUCUUCUGGCGGGUGAAGACUUGCCUCUCGUGGAGCCAACUGAGCCAAGCAGUCUUGCAGAAGUUGACGGCACAGGCCAGGACGUGCAGCUUCCCCGAGCGUGGCGAUCAAAGCUGGAAAUCACCAAAUGGCUGGGUGCCGGCACCUUCGGAAAGGUGUUUAAGUGCAAAGUCCUGUGCGAGAGGCACAGAGACGUCUACGUGUCCGUGAAGUAUAUCCAGGAGAAGAGCAAGCUUGUCAGGACGGAGAUCGGAGUUCUUGAACAGAUGAAGGACUACUCCGAUUUCUGCAUUUCGGCGAUUGGAUCGCCGUCCUACAUCGAGGACAGUCAUGGCUUCUGGAUCAUGAUGCCCUACAUGAACCACGGGGACCUCCACGAUUUCAUCUCCAAAUGCCAUAAGAACCCGCAAUGCCGAAACACCAGAAGCCAAGAAGGCAGACAGGAUUUCACACAUGUGGACCCUGCAUUCACAGAUGCCUACAUCCUCGUCCUCUUCCACGACAUCGUAGCAGGCACCGAGGCCCUGCACCGAAAAACUGGAAGGAUCCAUACCGAUCUCAAGCCGGCCAACAUCAUGGUGAACUGCCAGAAUAACAUGUGCUUUGCCGCCGUCAUUGACCUCGGCCUUGCAUGCAUGAUGCAGCCAUACGGUUGCCACGGCGGCGGAACGCCGGUGUACAUGCCACCCGAGGUCUGGACUCAGGAUGCCGGGUCAUUGCAUCUUCCUGCUCGAGAUGUUUGGGCUUUGGGAGUUAUCCUAUACCAGCUGGUUUACAACAGAAACCCCCCAUUCUUCUCCAAUCCACAGCGCAUGGUCCACAGCUACGACGUCUCCAAGGACCCGACAAUCCGGGGAACCAAGGAGGUCGACUAUCUCAUCAUGAAGAUGCUCGCCAAGGACUACCGAAGGCGGCCCUCCCUGGCAACGAUCCGCGAGGAACUGGAGGGCCUGGUUGAGGCCACGGCUGCUCCUGCAAGAAGAAGGCAUCAUGUUCUCCCUUCACUGGCAGAGGUAAGCGAGCGCGAAGAGAGGCUGCAGAGCUCCAUUCAAAAGUACAAGAGAGGUGACAGAGUCCAGUGGUGGAGCACCAGGUACCAGACGUGGCUUGAUGCCAGGGUCUUGUUUGCCCGGGAUGAUGGGACAUACCUGCUGGACACGACACGCUCUGCCACGGAGGAGGAAAUGCGCCUCCCUCAGGAGGGAGACAGUCACACGCCCCCAGGCGGUGCGCCGGUGGCACCAACGGUGGCACCGACGGUGGCACCGCCCGUGGCAGUGGCUCGGUGGGUCAAGGUGCCGGCGCAUCACAAGUUCAAGGUCGGUGACUCAGUCCAGUAUUUCAGCGGGACGUACCAAGAGUGGCUUCCGGCAAAGGUUGUCGGAAUCAAAGACAAUGGCCGGUACGACUUGAACAUUCGAUCGGAUGCGGAGGAGUCCAAAAUCCGCUUUCCUCCUGAUGACGCCCAGCAAGCUGUAGCUGCACCGGUGCAAGGCCACAAGGCAGUGGACAUCCCCGUCGAGGUUCACAUGCUCCGCUCAAAUGCCGUCCAGCGCGGUGCAGCCUUGAAGACACCAUCUUGUCUCUAA